AUGUCAAUAUCAUUAACCGACAAUAAUCACGGAUCACCAUUCAGUGGAUCUUCUGCUGUUGAUGAUGAUAGCAUUGGGUUGAAGCACAAGCUGCGGGAGCUGGAAAUUUCCUUGUUGAGGCCUGAAUCCGAUGUUAUAGACAGCUGCAAUUACCGCUUCAGUAGAGGAGCCCACCAAUCUGGUUCAUUGGCAGGCAUGAACCACAAUCAACUGAUGGACAUGAUUCCUAGAUUAAACUUGAAGGAGGUGCUUGUUGCCUGUGGUCGAGCACUUUAUGACAACGAUAUGUCGACAGUGGCUGGUUUAAUGCAUGUAUUGGAGAAAAUGGUUUCGAUAUCCGGGAAACCAAUCCAACGAUUGGGUGCUUAUGUGCUGGAAGGGCUUAGGGCAAGGUUGGAAUCCUCGGGGAGUAAUAUCUACAAAUCCCUGAAAUGCGAACAACUGACUAGCUCAGAACUAAUGUCUUACAUGGGUAUUCUCUUCAGGAUUUGCCCAUACUGGAAGUUUGCAUACACGUCAGCUAAUGCUGUCAUCAAGGAAUUCGUGCAAUAUGAGCCAAGAAUUCACAUCAUUGACUUCCAAAUAGCUCAAGGCACCCAGUGGAUGUUCCUUAUUGCAGCUCUUGCAAAACGCCCUGGUGGGCCCCCGUCUAUCCACGUUACUGGGAUCGAUGAUUCUCAGUCAAAUCAUGCUCGAGGUGGGGGACUUAAUAUCGUGGGGCAGAAGCUAUCAGAAUUUGCCAAGUCAUACAAUGUACUAUUCGAGUUUCAUGAUACUAAUAUGAUUAGUUGUGAGAUUCAGCUACAGCACCUUAACGUCCAUCCUGGGGAAGCCGUAGUCGUGAAUUUUCCGUAUGUAUUGCAUCACAUGCCCGACGAGAGUGUAACCAUCUGGAAUCACAGAGAUCGACUGUUGAGAUUGGUGAAGAGUUUGUCACCCAAGGUUGUUACCCUCGUUGAGCAAGAGUCUAACACCAACACAUCCCCGUUCUUUUCAAGGUACGUCGAGACACUAGAUUAUUACGCAGCUAUGUUUGAAUCCAUAGAUGUAGCUUGUUCAAUAGACGACAAACAAAGGAUCAAUGCAGAGCAGCAUUGUGUGGCUCGUGAUAUCGUGAAUAUGAUUGCUUGCGAAGGGCCUGAAAGGGUGGAAAGACACGAACUUCUCGGGAAGUGGAGGUCAAGAUUCACAAUGGCCGGCUUUUCUCCGUAUCCGUUGAGUUCCUCGGUCACAACAGCUGUAAGAGAUAUGCUGGAGGAGUAUGACAAUAACUAUAGACUUGUAGAGAGAGAUGGGGCUCUCUAUCUUGGGUGGGGAAACAGAUCUAUGGCAACCUCUUCUGCAUGGAGGUGAAAAAUCCCGAUUCCAACAGUCACUACUCCAUGGAUUCUGUAAAUUCUCCCCACAUUUUUUUUCUUCUCUCAAUUUUAAACCAUCAACCCUAUAGUGUGUGUUGUAAAUUUAUAGAAAUAUGAGCUUUAGCUCUGUGUUGUUUUUUUUAGUGUUAGAAAAAGUCUGAAAUGUCAAAAAUCUCGGUGUGUCUCUUUUGAAAGCUUGGAGCAGAUU